AUGCCUGGACUACUUCGCAUCUCACACUUAUUCUCACGCGCUUUGAUCGCUAACAGCCUCCACAACGCUCAGGCGGUAUCUCUCAUACUGUGCGACCUCCUUCCUCUCAAUGGAUUCUGUACCAGAGUGCCGGAUCAGAUGAAACGUCUAUCCGACAACAUCCAGGAUAUUCUCUUUCGCAGGAGUUUGAACGCGGCCUGCAAGUACGCCUGGAAUGCGAUAAACGCGCAAUAUACCCAGCGCAGACAUGAAGAGCGCAUUGCCUUCCUCGAGGACCGGGUCAGCGCGCUCUCUACUUCCCGAGUCGCUCUCAACCUGACACUGGACAACAUGCGCACUGCACUGGCAAAUGGGAGAGAUGAGUACGCUGUCCUCGGGACAGCCAUCGUGGAACUUCAGGGCGAGAAGGCAGAGGUUGACACGCGCCUCGAAGAGGCACGGCUGACUAUCAAGAGCGAAAACGCGCGUUGCCUUCAGCUAGAGAACGCAGUCGCUCAUCUGAAUCAAGAGCUCCAGCUUACUCGUGGGGUGUUAUCUACGGAGCGCACUCGCUGCAAGGGCCUGGAAACGUCCGUACUCGCACUUGAAGGAUCUCGCCAACAAUUGCUGGGACAUCAGGCGGUCCAUGCAGACAAGUAUCGCGUGGCACAAGAGCAGCUCUCUGCGGUUCUAUUUCAAGUGGAUGAACUACUCAGGGGAAAGGUUUUGCUCUCAGCCUCUCUCCAGGCGUCCCAGAGUCUAGCCGAGGACAUGCACGUUGAGGUAAAGACUCUUCGGGAUUCGCGCGAGGCCACCGAGAAGACGCUUGCAAAAGCAAUUCUUUCUAUAUCCGAAUUCGAACGGAUCGUCAGUGAUUUGCGGGAAUCUGCCGAUGUGUGUAGCACUCAGCUGAAGGUCACCGAAGUUGAACUGCUUCUCGAGCGGGAGAAGCUACAGAUCGCCCUCGACAGUGUCGAUGCACUUAGGGCUGAAUGUGAGGUCCACAAAAGCAACUACCUGUAUGCCAUGGAGGACCUAGAAGAUGAGAGAAAGGCUCUGUCUACCGCUGAGUCCGCUAUCACCCAGGAGCGUGCGGCCAAGGAGCAACUCAUCCGUGACAUCGCGGCUGUCCGUGAGGAGAAUGCUAGGAUCGUUGCGGAUGGACGUCGUCGUGAGAACGAUCUUCGCGCUGAACUGGAGGAAGAGCGUCGGCAACGCACAGAGACGGACAAGGCACUCGCGGAAGAACAUCAACGGCGAGUCGGGGAGGACAAGGCAGUCUUUGAGCUCGGGGAGCAUCUCUCAGUCAUGACGCAGGAGAACGAUGGCCUCCGCAAGGAACGCAUUCAAGUGCACGAUGAGCUGCACAAAGAGCAGACCUCUGAUCAGCACUAUCUCAGCGAGAUCGGUAGCCUGAAGACGGAACUCAGCCAGACAAAGGAGGAACACAAUGCCACAGUCGACAGGCUACACGCGUUCGAGGAUGCAUCUCAAGCUCGUUGGGAGGAGGCCAUGGAGGAGAACGACCAGCUCAUGAAGGAUAAGAGCAUGCUCCAGCAGACAGUGCGCCAUCUCAUCGAAAGCAAGGAAUCUUCCGUCAAACGCAUCAACGAGCUGGAGUACACCAUCGUGCAGACCAAUAAGCAGCUCGACAAGACGACGAAGGGGCUGGCCGAGUCCCAAAAAGUGUGUGUGGCGGUAACAGCGCAGAUGCAAGUAAUGGCUCAGGAGAACACGGACCUCAGAGCAUCGAUGAACAUGAUGAGCGGAUCUGCUGCCUCACUGCAGGAGGCUCGUCGCACGAACAAGUCAAUGUCGGAAGAGUUAGCCAUCUGCAGGUGCCGUAAGGCGCUGAAGAACAUCACGAAGGCGAAUACGGAAGAGCUGGAGAAUGAACCAGCUAGCCAAGCUGAGCACAGCAGGGAGUAUGUGAAGCCUGCUCCGGCAACGCGCCGGACUAGCUUCUUCUGGUACUAA